GGGCCGUUUGGACGAGGGCAACGUGACUGGAAAGAGGGAAACGGACCGGAGGGGGGAAGAAAGGGCAGAAGGCGCGCCACCGCCGCCAUUUUGGUUGAGGGCAGUGGGGCCUAGCCUGGCCGUUGGGUGGCGCUGUCUCCUUCGUGAGGUGGGCGCCUCGUUGGGGGUCCCUGCGGAGAAGGAAGCCGGAGGGCCCCCCCCAACUCCCCUCAGGGAGGAGUCCCAACAGUGCCUGAGGGGCCUGGUUCCUCCUUGUUAUUACUAUUAUAUAUUAUUAAAUAUAAUAAUGAUAAUGAUAAUAAUAAUAAUUUGUAUUAUAUACCGUAUUUUUCGCUCUAUAAGAUGCACCAGACCACAAGACGCACCUAGUUUUUGGAGGAGGAAAACAAGAAAAAAAAUAUUCUGAAUCUCAGAAGCCAGAACAGCAAGAAGGAUCGCUGCGCAGUGAAAGCAGCAAUCCCUCUUGCUGUUCUGGCUUCUGGGAUAGCUGCACAGCCUGCAUUUGCUCCAUAAGACGCACAGACAUUUUCCCUCCCUUUUUCGGAGGGAAAAAGUGAGUCUUAUAGAGCAAAAAAUACGGUAUAUAUAAUCUUAUAGUUAAGGUUUAUUAUUAUUAUUAUUAUUAUUAUUAUUAUUGAUUAUCCUCAUUAUAAGCAUUCUCCUUUUUCUCCUCCUCCUCGCAGCGUUUCCCUGAGCGCUGCUUCCAGGCUCCCUGGCCCAGGAGGCUUUGCCAGAGCAGAAGAGGCGCCUGGGAGCCCAGGGUAGUCCCACAAAGUGGAUUCCUGUGGGCCCCCCGGCGUCCUUUAGGGUGCAGGGACCAAAGUCCUGGUUUCUGCCUCCGCCCCGCCAGCCUUUUGCCCGCCUCGCCCUGUGGGCGCGCAGAUAAGUUGAGGUCGAAGUCCUGCUGGGCGCUGCUGGGAGGAUGGCGCGCCUGUGGGUGCUGUGGGGUGCCCUGCUGGGCUGGGGUGAGCCGGGGGGGGCGAAGGGAGAUGGGGGCUGCGAAUCCUGUUCCUCUCUCUCUUCCCUCUCUCAAUUCCCAAAGUCCUGGGAAUUAUAGCUCUGAGCAGCGGGUUGGACUAGAUGACCCUUGAGGUCCUUCCAUCUCUCCCAUUCUAGGAUGCUCACUGUCUCUCUCACACUUCCUCUCCUUUUAAUGGCACUUUCCCCCUUUUUCCCCCCCUAGCUGGGUCUCCAUUUCCUAGCUGGGGCGCCUAUGGGAACUCAAGCGUGAGCACCUGCAACUUUGCCUGCGACCGCUGGGAUUGCUCUGAUGAGAGCCAUUGCGGUAAGUUUUGGCGUCACCAAAGGAAUCGGGGAGACGUGCCUCGAUUCCCCUCGCAGAGAGUGAUUUAACCCAUCUUGACAUCCCUCAAAGCACCCUGGGAACUGUAGUUUCCUAUGGAAGGAGAAUAUUCUGCACUGCCUUUCCAAGGAAACUCUGGGAGUUAUAGCUCUGAGAGGGUCUCCUUGGGAAACUGAACAAGCUACAGUUCCCACAAUGUCCCCCAAAGCACCCUGAAAACGAUUGCUUGCUCUGGGCGUUGAGGCUUGCGAUUCCCUUGACAGAACUACAGUUCCCAAGCCCAUUUCUCUUCCCAGGGAACUCUGGGAACUGUAGCUCAUGGGGGGGGAACAGGGGUCUCCUAACAGCAAUUGGUGCUCGGAAUGCUGGGAACUGUAGCUUGCUCAGGGCACCUGAUUCCUUCUCCUUCCAGGCUACCGGAAUGGGCUGGCACUGCCAGGUGCCGCCUUGGCCUGCGACUUUGAAGGCACCACCUGCGGCUGGGAGGACGUCAGCACGUCUGGGUACCGGUGGCACCCAGGGCGGGGCAGAGGCUGGGCGCGCGGCGCCAACCCCCCCUUCGACCACACGCUGGGCACCGACCAGGGUAAACGUGCUUCAUUUGAAGGGAGGGGAAGCAUUGCUUAGCGGUUAGAGCACCCCUUUGACCUGGCGCCCCCCGACCUCCCUUCAGGCUGGUACAUGAGCACCUCAGAGCAGCGAGCCAAGCCGCCUGCCGCCCCUGCCCGACUCCGCUCCCCGACCCUGAGCGACGCAGCCUCAACCUGUGAGCUCCGCGCCUGGUACAGCAUGGCCGAGACAAGUAAGCUUGGGGCGCUGGCGGUCAGAAAUCCAACAGGUGCAGAGCCACCUGCUCGGCCUUUUCCCCGGUGUGGUGGGGGAAAUGCCGCCUGGCCCGGUUCUCAUAAUUGCAUAUCAAUAUUACAUAAUACGUUUCUAAACUGCAGGAUGUAUCGUAUCAUAUAAUUAGUAUUUAUUGAUUUCCAGACUACUGACCAACCUGGUAGGGUCGGUGUAAAGAAAUACCAUCCUGAUCAUUCUUAUCUUGACAUUUACUGAUGCCCUGCUUCCUGCCCCCAUUGGGGACUGAUAAAAACGAGAGCGGCUGAGACGAGAUGGCAAUCUGCAAUCCUCACCGGGGUCAGACUAGAUGACCCUCGGGUCCCUCACCCCUCCUCCCUUCCCCUGCAGGAUUCAACGGGAGCUUCACAUUGGAGUUGAGCCAUGGCGGCCACGUUGUCCCCCUGUGGCGAAGCCCCGCCUCGUCCUCUGGUGCCUGGCGCCCCCUGCUGGCCUACACUGGAAGAGUCCGUGGCGCUUUCCAGGUGGGUCUUGGGCUCCUCGCUCUCCCCGGCCGGCUCCUUCUCCGGAGCAUGUCAAGAGCGCUGCCUCCCCCUCCACAGGUCACCUUCUCCUCGGUGGCGAGCGUGGCGCUGGACGAUGUACAGUUCAGGAACUGUGGCCCCCAAAGUAAGGCUUUCUUUUCCGCCUCCUCAAAACCCUGCCAACCAGAUAGACUGCCUCUGGGCUUGGAGGCUCCCCAUUCACCGUCCCAACAUUUCCAGGUCCCCGGAGCUGCGCCCCAAACGAGCGCCCGUGCCUGCCAAGAGGCUGCGUGGCCCCUGCCCGCCACUGUGAUGGCACCGAGGACUGCAGCGACGGCAGCGACGAACAGGGUUGCGGUGAGCAGUCGGGGCCGGGGGGGGAGACAUGGGCGCCACCGGAAGGGGGGAGGGCGGAAAAGGCACCUUGGGACCCCCCCUCACCUGCCUUUCUCCCCCAGAGACCUUCCUCUCGUGCCCCUUCGAGGAGGACUGGUGCAGGUGGACAGCGGGUGCCAACCAGAACCUCUCCUGGGCGAGGAACUGCAGCUCCCAGGUGCCGUCGUCCCCAGCCCGUCCCACCCGCGACCACACCACCAACACGCCGGAAGGUGGGUGCUGGUUGUUAAUAUGUAGAGGAUGCCAGCAAGGCUGAAUCUUUCCGUAAAGAAAUGAUUUGAAUCAAGUCUUACCAACUCGGGGCAUGUGCAGAGUUCUGCACCUCCAGGAGCUCACAACUAUCUUUCUGAGCUCAUUUAUACGUGGGGGGGGCAUGAUAUUGACAUAGAUAGAGAUCAUUUAAACAUAGAGAUAAUUUAUAGGCAGAGAUACACAUAAUAAAUAGCUCUGUUCCAUGAGCAUAACUAUAGGCAUAUAUGUGUAUAAAUAUAAAUAAAAUGGAUGUGUAUAUGUGUGUGUGUGUGUGUGUGUAUAUAUAUAUAUAUAUAUAUAUGUAAACGAAAUGUGUAUUUACAUAUGUAUAUGCGUUUGUAUAUAAAUAAAUAAAUAAUAUGGAUAUAUGGGUAUAUGUGUGUAUAGAUACGCGUGUAUAGAUUUAUAAAUAUAAUUGAUAUAUGCAUAUGUGUGCAUAUAUAGAUAUAGAUAUAAAAUGAAUAUCUAUAUGCAAUGUAUGUGUCUUUAUAGAUGACAUAGAAUCAUAGAAUUCUAGAAUUGCAGAGUUGGACGGGACACUUCAGGUCAUCUAGGCAGAAAUCUUUUGCCCAAAUUGGGGCUCGAACCCACGACCCUGAGAUUAAGAGGAGAAAACCAGCCAGAUGGGCGGGGUAUAAUAAUAAUAAUAAUAAUAAUAAUAAUGGUAGAGUCUAUUAAUGGUAGACUCUGGUACUCUACCAACUGAGCUCUUCAUAUAUUUAUAGAUCUUGUGAUUGUAUAACAGAGCUUUACAAACUUUUUACGUUGGGGUCACAGUGACAAAUAAAUCUUGAUCUUGGGGUGGCAUUUCGCUGGCCGUGCCUCAGCUCCCUCUUUCGCUCUCCUCUCUCACAGGGCACUUCAUCUACGUCGCCGGCGCCCAGCGAGGCCGAGCUGAGCUGGUCAGCCCCACCCUGGUGGUGAACGGGUCCUGCCAUGUGAGUCCCUUAUAAUCAUCAUCAUCAUCAUCAUCAUUUACGAUUUAUUAUUUGCGAAAAUAUGGGAGGAGGUUAUUAUCAUCGUUUAGUAUUUGUUUUCUGCGGAAAUAUGGGCCAGUAUUGAUUAUUGAAUAUGAAGAAUAUCGGCCGCCCCUGUACUGGUGAACGGCUCGGACCCUCGGCUCUAGCGCUACGUUUCCCUUCCAGCUGGUGCUCUAUGCCCACCUGCACGGGUCGGACGCCAACCGCCUGAACGUCUACUCCCAGACAGAGACGAAGAGGGAGCUGAUCCUCAGCCGUGCCGGCGACCUGGGCGACUUCUGGUUCCGCCAGGAAGCCACUUUCAACGGCACCGAGGACUUCCAGGUACCCCCAGUCUCUGUAAAGGCAGAGGAGCACUGCUGGUGCCAGGAAUUUGGCAGCCGUGCCCUGACUUCAGGGUUCGACAUUCACCAGGCAUUUUUGGCGCCAGGUUGGCCACAUCUCCCUCUGGCAGGGCCCUUAAGCAGAAGGGCUUAUUUCAAAAAAAUGGGACCCCAGCGGUCAUGUAGUCCAACCCACUCCAAGGCAGCCAUCUUUGCUCAAACUCUCCAAGCUCUUCUUCCAAACUUCCUAAGAAGGAGAGGCUUCUUAUUGCCCCUUUUUCUCCUCCCUUCUUCCCUACAAUAACCUUGCCAGCAACACCCCCCCCCAACCCUUGCCAGGUAGGCUCAGAGGAGGCGACAGACUCCAGGGUCUGUCUGAGUGAGGAUUCAAACCCGGAUCUCAGACACUAAGGACUGCGCCACACUGCCUUCCCAGAGCACUUCUGCAAUAUUAUAGUCAGCAAAUAAAUAGGGGGUGUCAGGGGUUCAGGAGCAGAGGCAAGGGCAAGGGAGGAAACAGAGAGCGAGGGGGAGGAGGCAGAAGAAAAGAUGAGUGAUGACGACGACCCGAGAUCUCCGAGUCUUUCCAGUGAAUCAGAAGAUUCACAGAAAGGAGCACCAGUGGCCAGGGCAAGGGGGAGCCUAGGGGACGCCCCAGGAAGAUAGAGCCAGAGGGGACUCAGAGGGGAGCAGUUGGAAAUCGGGACCAGCGUCACCGCCAGAGAGCAGGGAAGAGGAAGGGAGCCAGGGAUCAAGCGCUGGCAGCUCACAACAGGGGGGAGGGCACGAGUCAGGAGUGGCCACACCUCCAUCGGGGAGCGAAGAAACGGUCAGACGGAAGGUGGACGGGUGGGCGCGCGCGCCAAGUUCAAAUGCACAGGAAGGUGGCACAGUCGGCAGCCCGGAAAGGGAGCCAGGGCCCACAGCCCGCGGGUAGGGGGGAGAAGGGUCAGGGGGGUGUGCUUCUGCGUCAGAGGAUUCUCGGAAAGAAGAGUCCCCAGGGGCAGAGGGACCCAGAGAAGAACAGUCAGGCGGAAAAGGUGGAGCAGGGCUAGGAUAUUAGGUUGGUGUACAAGGGGCGGAGACUCAGACGGAGCUUCGCCGGUCUAACCAUGAGACGUAGAGUUGCACGCAGCAGUUUGAGAAUGGAAACUGUAACUCAAUAAAGACUUUUGUUUAAUGAUCGCUGGCUAGCGUGAUCCUCUGUGAGCUAGGAUCUGGAAGCAGCUCUGACAGGGGGAAUAAAGAAAUAUAGUCUUUUCCUGGGCUUUACUCUGGAUGUUUUAAUGCCAACUGCUUGGAAGUGUUUUUUUUCAAAUAUAAAGUGGUACAGAAAGGAAAUGGAGAACGCUCAUAAUAAGUAAAAAAAGAAAAGGAUUUCUCUCGGACUCACUCCCUCCUUCCAGAUUGUCCUUGAGGGCGUCAUCGGGAAGGAUCCCCAAAGCAGCAUCGCUCUGGAUGACCUGAUCCUGUCUCCCGGUUGCAUCCAGCAAAGUGGUGAGGGGGAAAGGUGUUGAAAGAAGGCUCCGGUUCUCUUGAGGGCAAUUCUUUCUCCCAAAAUAUUUCACAUGGGUCAUAUCUGCAUGUGUGCACAUGUAUGUGUAAUGACUGCUUGUCGAUAUUAAGAGGAUGCCAGCAAGACUGAACCUUUCUAUAAAAACUGGUUUAAAUCAAGUCUGACUGACUUGGGAUUUAAGUGGUGGUUUCAAUUGUCAUUUAAAUUGAUUUCAUUUCAAUCACAUCCACCCUGCUCUGGAAAUUUAUUAUUCCAAAAAGGAAACCUUCUUCUGGUUGUUGAUAUUAAGAUACCAGCAAGGUUGAAUCUUUUUGUAACAAAAAUGACCUAUGGGAAUGGGACCCCCAGGGUCAUCCAAUCCAACCCCACCUUUUGGGCUGCGACCGAUGAAGAGUCCUGGACAUUGGCGCCCCCUUCCCUCCCCAUUCAGGCCUGCUCUCCGCUCCCCGCACUGAGCAACCACCCGGACCGGUGCCCUGCAAGGACGACCAGUUUGCCUGUGACAGUGGGGCACGCUGCCUCGGCAGCGAGCAGGUGUGUGACUUCAAGGCCGACUGCGACGACGACACCGACGAGAGCCAGUGUGGUGAGCGUCUGCCGUGGGCCUCCGUUAACCCGCGGAACUGCCUGCCACAGGAGUCUCUUGUGACACAGAAAGCAGAUUCCCUGCUGGGCCUGAGCCCACCCAGGGGUGGCACCUGGGCACCCUAAAAUCUGCUUUGGGCAUCACAGAAUGAUAGCUGGAGUCAUCUAGCCCAGCCCCGAUCCCAGCAGCCCCUGUCCUUUCCUAGGAGCCAGCAAUUUCACCCAUGGCAUGGGCGGCUGGGCGGACAUCAGUGUAGGCCGGAUCCAGUGGGUCAGCGCGGGGCCGGAUCCUGCGUCGCCCGGACUGGGCCUGGGCCAGGCUCCGGGGCAGAUGCUCUCCCUGGCCAGGGCCACCACGCCGCUCCUGGGGCCUUCCAGCUGGGCCUGUGCCGUGGAGCUGCAGUUCAACACCGGCCCUCAAGGUAGGUGCAGCCGGGGGGCCAAUUCAGGGAGGACCAGAUCCAUUUUCCAUGUAAACGCACAGGAGCUGCAACAUGCAGGCAGACGCAUGCAAAUUAUUAUUAUUAUAAUUUACUAUCAUCAUUGACUAUUAUUUACAGAAAUAUUGGAGCAGAUUUUGUGAUUUAAUUUGGAUUUUUAAAACAAAGUGCUUUGGGAGGAAAAAUCUUUCUCAAGAUUUCCUCUUUAAGUGACAUCAGAGUCCAAAGGCUAUUCCCCGGGAAAUAAGGAUUUAUUUUAAGUUCUUCACGUGUGCUAAAACUCAGUAAAAAUAAUCCUGAUUGUUUAACCACAUCAGUCGCGCUCUUUUCCCAGGGCUCCUGGCUCUGGCUGUCACCGACGCAGCGCCGGGCCGGUGGUUGUGGCACGCCCAGGGCAAUGGCACUGCUGCCUGGCAGCAUGUCACCGUGGCCCUGGGUGCGAGAGAACGGCCUUUCCAGGUGAGCCAGCAGCUCCCCCACCCCCCACCCCGCCUGAGGUGGGUGACAGCGGGUUGGGCUGGAUAACCCCUGGGGUUCCCUUAUCUCUGUCUCCCCGAAGCUGGAGCUCCUGGCGACGGAGGAGGAUCUUGCCCUGGCCAUCGAGAGCGUGGCCUUUCUGGACUGCGGUGCUUCUCUCUCGCGCCCCUCAGGUAUGUCACCAUCGGAGGGCGCUGAUUCCCCUCCGCCCGUCAGAAUCAUUCUUCAACAUUUUCCCAAUUUGGGGCCGCUAUUGUUUUAGCCAGGCAUCCCCAACCUUCGGCCCUCCAGAUGUUUUGGACUACAAUUCCCAUCAUUCCUGACCACUUGUCCUGUUAGCUAGGGAUCAUGGGAGUUGUAGGUCAAAACAUCUGGAGGGCCUCAGGUUGGGGAUGACCGGAUCCAUCAGCUGCCGGGAGUCCCUGUCGGGGGGUGGGGGUGGAAUGCAUGCUAUUAAUAAUAAUGAUGAUGACAAUGAUGAUGCUUCAAUUUGAAGAAUCGUUACUAGUUUUGUAAUGAUUUCCUCAUCCUAAAUUUCUCUAAACUGCCUGGGAGGAAGGCAGGAUAUAGUAUAAUAUGUAUAUAUUAUAGAUAUAUAUAUAAAUAUAUAUACACAUACACAUAAUAAAUAUAUACAUAAAUAUACAUAAUAAAUAUAGACAUCAUAUCAAUUUAUACAUAGCAAUAACAACAAUAGAAUACUGGGCACAAUAACAAUAGUAAGAACAGUAACAUGAUACUGGGCCCAAUAUAAUACGGGGUGAGUACACAUGUUCCACGGGGCCUCCUUUAAAAGACUCACCCUGUAUAUUGUUGUUAAUAAUAAUAAUAAUAAUAUUCCGCUUCUCCUUCCUCAGGGUGUGACAGUCCAAAAAUGAUUGUUUUCCUUAUUAUGCUGUCUUUUACCAUGCUUUGAUUUAUGCUCUGUAAAAUAGCCUCUGAAAACGGUACACUGUCCUGAGAUCUUUGGAUUAACGCUAGUAUAUACUAAUCUUAAUAUACUUAUGAUAUAUAAUGUAAUAAUGAUGAUUAUAAUAAGAAUCAUAAUAUUAAUAAGAAGCUAUCUAAGUGUGUGUGUGUUCUUCCCCCUGAUGGUCUCUCUCCUCUCUCUCUCUCUCUCUCUCUACCUGCCCCGCAGGGCUGUCGUGCAACUUUGAGAGCGACCUGUGUGGGUGGUUUGCUGAGCCGGGCGACGGGUUUGAGUGGCGCCUCCACAUCGGCCAGGACCACACGACGGGCAGAGGUAGGAAGAUUUGAACCCAAGACCUUCCCUUUCAGAAAGCUGCUUGUGUUUCCAGUCCUCCUGCACUGGUUUGGCAAGGAGCAAAGGCUUGCCGUCGAAAUUAUUCCACUCCCAUGGCCAAAUCGGGUGGAAUUAUGCUGAUAAUGUCACUAUAAGUUGCUAUAUAAGUUUUCAGCUGAAUUUGGAGAAAGGGCUUGCAGCUUUUCCGGGAUCUGCUCCUUGCAAAAGAGCAGAAAGCCUGCCAAUUUUGAGAACAAACCUGAUUUGCGAUGGGGGUGGAAUAAUUUCAAUUGCAAUUUGUGCACCCAAAGCAGCUCACAGCUCCUGGGGCAAACCUUGACACAUCCCAAAAGAGAUUUCUUUUUUGAAUUGAAAUGGUUGUUGUGAUUAAUUUGAUAUUAUGCUGCUGUUACUGGUUUAAGGUUUGGAUGAAAGAUGCCCCCUCAAAUGUGCUCUUAUGUUCCAGUUCCAUAUGUUGUUGUUGUUGUUUAGUUGUUUAGUCGUGUCCGACUCUUCGUGACCCCAUGGACCAGAGCACGCCAGGCACUUCUGUCCUCCACUGCCUCCCGCAGUUUGGUCAAACUCAUGCUGGUAGCUUCGAGAAUACCAUCCAACCAUCUCAUCCUCUGUCGUCCCCUUCUCCUUGUGCCCUCCAUCUUUCCCAACAUCAGGGUCUUUUCCAGGGAGUCUUCUCUUCUCAUGAGGUGACCAAAGUAUUGGAGCCUCAACUUCACGAUCUGUCCUUCCAGUGAGCACUCAGGGCUGAUUUCCUUCAGAAUGGAUAGGUUUGAUCUUCUUGCAGUCCAUGGGACUCUCAAGAGUCUCCUCCAGCACCAUAAUUCAAAAGCAUCAAUUCUUCGGCGAUCAGCCUUCUUUAUGGUCCAGCUCUCACUUCCAUACAUCACUACUGGGAAAACCAUAGCUUUUACUAUACGGACCUUUGUUGGCAAGGUGAUGUCUCUACUUUUUAGGAUGCUGUCUAGGUUUGUCAUUGCUUUUCUAGUUCCAUAUGGGCGGGGUAUAAAUAAUAUCUUCUUCUUAUUAUUCUUAUUAUUAUUAUUAUGAUUAUGCGGUUGGAUAUAAAUCACAUUAAUAGUAAUUGUAAUAGUAAUAACUGCCCGUCUCCAAAUCACACAGUUGGGUUCGUAGGCUCGACCAAAAUGACUUAAACCAUUCCUAUCAGUUUGCCAAGAAUUUCUAGAUGGCUUGAAAAACCUCAUUUUGGAAAUAAAACAAAAAAAUCAAUCAUUGAUCCAGUUUCAGUCCCACAAACUAUCCCUUGUCGGGGAGUUCCAAAGGAGGCAGCUGCUCUCUGAAAUGGAACUUAGAGGGCAAGUCUCAGGGGGCAAGCAGGUGGAUUUUGAGGGCAAGCUGAGCCUUGGCGCAAAUUCAAACCCAGGACCUGACCCUGUCGCCCCACAGGUUCUUUCCUCUCGGCGGACCCUGCGGCACCCGGAUCCCACGGCCGGCGGGCGAGGCUGGUCUCUGCCCCCCAAGCUUCGCUGACACUGUCCAACGCCUGCCUCUCCUUCUGGUACCGCCUGGAGGGGCCCCAGAUUGGUAAGGGCGGCUCUCAAGUGGCAGGCAGUUCCCAGAUGGUGCAGGUUUGAGAGCAAGAUGCUGGGAAGGCCCAGGACACAAGGAGUGCCAGCCGGACAAUCAAGUGGCAGGGAGUUCCAAUGGAGGAGACUGCCAGAUCUCCAGAGGCGAGGGGAUUUCUUCAUCUCAAGUAGCAGGGAGUUCCCAAGAUGGCAAGCGCUGCAAGUCCAUCCAGGAGGGAGGAGGCCAUUCAGUCAGCUGGCAUGCGGGCCGAGAUUUCCAAAGGGAGUUUUCGUCCUGGAAGAGGGCGGGACUCGAACCUGCAGCUUCAGCUCUAGCAAGGAAUUUCAGCGGAGGGAGGGGUGCCCUCGAAGGAGUGGCGUCGCCGGAGACUUUUCAGAUGAGAAUAAUGAAAUUUUUAUAUACCAUCCUAUACCCCAAAGUCUCAGGGAGGUUCACAGACAAAUGAACAAAUAUCAAUUCGUUAUUGAGAAAUAGUAUUUCUUAUUGCUUAUUAUCAUUUUUAUAUUAUAUUUUUAUAUUAUUUAUAUUGUAUUUAUAAAAAAAUUAUCAAAUUCUUAUAUUAUCAUAUAAAAAGAAUGAUAAGAAUAAAUGAUGGUAAAAAGUACUAUUUCUCAAAAACAAAUAUUGGUGACAAGUUAUAAUCCAGAAAAAUUAAGAACACCGGUUGAUGGUAUUAAAUGAUGAGUGGUAAUGAGCCACGAUGAUGAUGAUGAUGAUGAUGAUGAUAAUAAUAAUAAUAAUAAUAAUAAUGUAUUUAUACCCCGCCUAUCUGGGCAGCUUCCAACCAGAUAUUAAAAACAAUACAGCAUAAAUAACAAUCAGCAAGAAUCCUUUAAAAAUAAAUAAUAGCUUAAUGGUUAUAGCAGUUAAGAAAAGGAAAUACAGUAGUAAGAAUAAUGAACAAAGAUAAAAACACAUAGCGGUUGGGGGAAAGGAUGAGAUGAUGAUGAUGAUGAUGAUGAUGAUGAUGAUGAUGAUAUAAUAGCAAUUAAUGGAGCCCCUCCCCCCCCUCUUUCCCAGGCACCUUCAACCUGCUGGUGAAAUCCGCUGGUGCCGCAGAGGAAGUUCUGUGGACCCGGGCGGGGAGUCAGGGCGCCGCUUGGCGCCGUGCCUCGGCCACAAUUCCCCAGCACCUGCUGCCCGGCUUCCAGGUGAGGUCUUGGGAUCGAAUCCAGCCUAGAAUAAGAACAAGCAAAAUCAUCGUGAAUAACAGCACCGGAAACUAUUUUCUUUCCAUUCCAGGUGAUCUUUGAGCUGCUCCGCGACGGCUUCGUGGGAACCGUGGCACUGGACGACGUAGCACUGGCGCCCGGCCCCUGCGCCGCCCCCCUCCGCUGCAACUUUGAGGAGCCCGGCGCCUGCAAUGUUUCGGGAGGAGGGUGGGUGCGGCAGCAGGGCGGUGGCACCUCAGGGCAAGGCCCGCCCCAUGACCGCACCCUUGGCACGUCGGAGGGUGAGUGACGCCAGGGUCAGGCUGGAUGACCGCCGGCUCCCAAUAUGGAAGGAGACCCCAACUGGAACUCGCCGCUUCCCUCCCCAGGACACUACAUGGUUGCCGACACCAGCGCCCUGGCAGCGGGAGAAGCGGUGCCGCUGCGGACGGGGAUGUACCUGCCACUGGGGGGAACCCACUGUGUCGGAUUCUGGUACUACCUGAGCGCUGGAGACGCAGGUAAAAGCUCGGGGUGGGAUGGAUGACCCACCAGGGUCCCGCCCUGCCAGAAAGCUUGAUGACUCCACCAAGGCACUCUCUCGCCAGGCUCUCUGCGUGCCUCUGUGGAGGAAGAGGGCGGGAGGCAGACCGAGGCGCUGGCAGCGGGUUCAAGGCGGCACGGGAGCUGGCGCUACGCAAAUUUCACGGCGGAAGUUAGCGGCGAGUGGCGGGUGAGCGCCAAAGGGGAGAGUCGGGUUGGGGGAAUGGUGCUGGGUUUGAGUUUGUGGCAGCAUGCGGACCCCCCUCUCUCUGGCGCAGGUGGCUUUUGAGGCAGAAGGCGAUGGAGGGGCUGUGCCAUCGUAUGUGGCGCUCGACGACCUUGAGGUGACACCGGGGAGCUGCCUCGGCGCUGGUAAGUCUUGGGAGUUGUAGCGCCGCAUGACCAAAGGGUUUGGGGUGCAGAAUAUUGCCAGGAGAUUGACUGCUCUGGCUUCUCUCCGCUCAGGCUCAUGCGAUUUUGAAUCCGGCACCUGUGGCUGGAGGAAGCCCCAUGGUGAUUGGCGGAGCUGGGAUUGGGCCGGGCGGGCACGGACGGUGAGUCUCGCACGCGGUACCCCCAAGCGUCUGGGGCGGGAUGCUUACGACUUACGACCCUGCAAGGUGGGUCGAGGAGAUUGGAAUGAAUCGUCGCAAUAAUGGUUUGCUCUGAGCUGGGUCCGGGUGCGAGUAAUCGGGCUUCUCUCCCGAUUAUUAUUUUCAUUUCUCUCUAGGGCGCCACAUCUCCGUCCAGGUGGGCGCAGGACACCACGCCGCCCGCCUCACCAGCGAGACCCUUGAAGGCACCGGCUGCUUCCACUUCCGCCACCGCUUGGCCUUCCAGGGGAAAAGUGGUGAGUCAGGUUUUACUUGGGCCGGUGGAACCCCCUGAUGCGGGAAGGGAAUUAUUGCGGAGCCUCUGGCACCCAAACCCACUGCCCACAUGACUCCGCCUUCCUUUCCCUCCCCAGCAGGCAAUGCUGAGCUCCGGGUGCUCCUGUCUGGCCCGCAGGGGGAGCGUGUGGUCUGGCGGGCAGCCGGCCACCAAGGUUGGGCCUGGCGGGAGGAGAGGCUUCUCAUUGACAGUGGUGGUGAGUUCCAGGUAAGCCAUCUCAGAAAGUUUGGUGCCUUUGAGACUGUCUGCCACUGGUGUUCCUAUGAUAAUUAAACUUCCUUAUAUUAUUCCUAUUAAACUCCUUUAAAUGUGACGGCCUUUGUCCACCUUUGGGACUGCCUGCCACUGGAUGCCCUAUAAAGACGUGGGGCUUUUCGGUUCGAAAAAGAGAAUCCCAAUUACCCCUUUGGGACUUCUUGCCACGGCACCAUGAAACUUUGGGACUCCCUGCCACUUUGGAACGCCUCUUGCAAGAGACGUUCAGCAGGUGGCGGAUUCGAAUUCCUUCCUGGCAGGAGGCACUGCUGGUUUGAACCCAUGUCUCGCAGGUGGUGCUGGAAGUGGGCGCUGGCGAUUGGUCCGGCACGGGCACCAUUGCGGUGGACGACGUAGCAUACGUGGCAGGAGGCGGGUGCGAGGAGCGGCGCCAGGAGAGCGGUGGUGAAGGUGAGGGGAGGCCCAAUGCUUUGGGGAUCCGGGGUUCAAGAGACACACAGGCGCAUACAAAGGGAGUCUUUCCCCCCCCAGGGAGCAGUGCCCCCACCCUGCCUUGGGAGGCUGCCGUUGCAUCCGCAGCCGCCUGCGCCCUUUUUGGGGGGCUCCUGGCCUGGGCCGUCGCUCACCGCUGUCGGAAGAAGUGCUGGCCGUUGGAGGCGCCCCAGUUCGAGGGCUUCGACAAUGUUGCCUUCCAAGACGUGAGUCCCUCGCACCCUGGACCCCCUGUCCCACCCCCAGCCCCGUCCCCCUUCCAUACGCCAGAGGCAGUCUACCUGCCUCCCUGUGAUAAGAGGUGGGGCCUCCAGGGCCAGAGGCAGCCUACCUGCAUUGGUGAAUUCCAUGCCUGGCCAUGAACUACCCGCUUUGCAUUUGCAGGACCAGGUUCGGAUCGUGGAGCUGCCCAUCAGCGCGCCAACAGACUAGCCCGUUUCUCCCCAGAAGGAUGCCUGCCUAGCUGGCGGGUUGGACUGGAUGACCCUCAGAUCCCUUUCUGACUGGGCACGAUUUCUCUGGACAUGCUGAAGGCAGACAACACGAAACAAAGGAGAAAACUGUGGUGUUUUUUCCGUAGCCGCUCUC